AGUAGAUCUGUUAUGUUUUAAAAUUUGUAUGAUGCUUUUGGACACACUUGCAAGACGUUUAUCAAGCAGGUUUUUGCUCUAGCAAAAUGGUUUUUGAAUAUAUAUAGGACGAUUCGGUCUUCAUGAGUGGAGGACUGGAACGUGCAUGUGUGUGUGUGUGUGUGUGUGUGUGUGUGUGUUUGAGGAGGAACCAUUCAUGCGAGCACAGGAGAACUGAGAGACUUACUGAGAAUUUGGUUGCAUGAUGGCUUCACAGGGUUCUUUGCUGAAGAACGUUCUUUGCAGCUAAAGUCAUAUAUCUCAGUAUGGAAGCGUUUCGGACCGAAGCAAGAGAGAAGGCAAUGAUGAGGAAACUCUGACAGACAGACGACACAGGGAUCUAGCACUUUCACCGUCUUUAGACCAAUAUCGCUGAAAGAUUUUUUAUUUAUUUUUUUUUAUUGGAAUGAUGUUUCCGCUGGCUGUGCUCUGUAUUUUUUACAUCUGGAGUCAAGCGACGCCGACCGGCGGAUUGGGAUCGACACCGGAUGCCAUGCCUCGCAAAACAGUGCCUGCCAGUAGUAAUGGGGGACAUUUGUUUCGUGAGGAGGGUGUUUGGAACUAUACCACUAUGCUCCUGAGGGAAGAUUUUAACAUGCUCAUCCUGGGUGCCAGAGAGGCUAUUUUUGCCCUUGACCUUGAUGACAUUACAGUCAAAAAGGCCAUGGUGAAUUGGCCAGUCACAAGGAAGGAGCAAAAUGACUGUUUAUAUAAAGGAAAAGAUGCUACAAAUGAGUGCAGAAAUUAUAUCAGAAUUCUUCAUAAAAGAAACGAUGACAGAAUGUAUGUUUGUGGAACGAAAGCAUUCAUCCCUACUUGUGACUAUAUGUCCUAUGCAGAUGGUAGUCUGACUUUAGAGGGCAAACAAGAAGAUGGGAAGGGAAAAUGUCCCUUUGAUCCUUUUCAGCGAUACACAUCAGAGAUGGUUGAUGGAGUAUUGUACUCUGCCACUUCAUUGAACUUUCGGGGUUCAGAGCCAAUUAUGAUGCGCAGCUCAGAGGAAUCCAUACGGACAGAGUUUUCAAGCACCUGGCUCAAUGAACCAAAUUUUAUCCACAUGGCCCACAUACGGGAGGGAGAAUCAAACCCAGAUGGGGAUGAUGACAAGAUCUACCUGUUCUUCAGUGAGACAGCAGUGGAAUAUGACUCCUACACCAAGAUGGAUGUCUCCCGAGUAGCUCGCGUGUGCAAGGGAGACUUGGGUGGGCAGAGAACACUGCAGAGGAAGUGGACUUCUUUUCUAAAAGCAAGGCUCGAUUGUCCCGUUCCAAACAACAACCUGCCACUUCUAGUCCAGGAUGUUUUCCACUUGUGCCCCGGCGACUGGACCACCUGCAUGUUUUAUGCUGUCUUUACCCCGCAAUUAGACUCCUCUCAGUACUCUGCGGUAUGUGCAUACAAAAUUGAAGACAUCAAGACCGUAUUCUCAAAGGGCAAGUUUAAGGCUCCUGUUACCGUCGAGACAUCGUUUGUGAAGUGGGUGAUGUACUCGGGUGAUGUCCCCGAUCCCCGACCCGGAGCAUGCAUUGAUAAGCAUGCCAGAGACAUGGGUCUCACCAAAACUCUGGAUCUGCCAGAUAAAACCUUGCAAUUUAUUAAAGACAAGCCUCUGAUGGACCAGGCCGUCACGGCCCUUGGAGACAAACCCCUGCUGGUGAAGAGAGGUCCUGCUUUCACCAGAAUUGUGGUGUCCACCGCGACAGCCUUGGAUGGGACCAGCCAUCAAGUCAUGUUCAUUGGCACAAAGAGCGGUUCGGUGCUGAAAGCAGUGAAUUAUGAUGGCGAGAUGGUCAUUAUGGAAGAGAUUCAGCUAUUUGGGGCCUCAGAGCCAGUGAAGAUACUCCGACUUUCCAAUAGCAAACUGUACGUGGGUUCGAAUGUGGGCGUGGUUCAGCUGUCCAUCAAUGAAUGUGGGCGGUACCGCACAUGUCUGGACUGUGUUCUGGCCAGGGAUCCGUACUGUGGCUGGGACCUCAGUGCUGGCCAAUGCUCUACCAUAAACGGCACACACAGAACCAGCACUGUGAUUCAGAGUUUGAGUUCUGGCGAUGCCAGCCAAUGUCCACAAAAAGAUGACAGUGAGUCAGUCAGCAUUUCGUUUUUUGGCGGCAAUACCGUGAAGCUGUGGUGUCAGCCUUAUUCCAACCUGGCACAGGUUGAGUGGCAGCUGAACGGACAUCCAGUCAAAGCUUCAAACGCCUUUCAGAUCCUCUCCGAUAGCCUGAUGAUCUUUAACGCCUCCGCAGACGCCAGCGGCCGCUACACCUGCAGUUCUGUAGAGGGGAAUUACAAAACCCAGCACGUAGCAUAUGAUCUAAAAAUGUGGUCAGUGUCCGAGACUACGGCAUUACUACACAACGUCAAGGAAAAAGAAAACACACUUGUGGCCAUGCUGGUGUUGUUGUCACUAAUUCUAGCUAUGCUAGUAAUUUGGAACCUGUACAAAGGGCAUUUUCCUUCGCCGUUUUGCCACUGGAGGGUAAAGGACACCAACAACAGGCGUGAACAAAGUCUGCCUCCAGAACAUAAAAUAGCAUCGUCGACUGUGAACUUAAACAGCAACAACAACCAUGUGAACAACCAGAGGUACUCAAGCUCUGGAGAAACGGACAGACUCGCAACCACUAUUGGUUCCUCAGGUCAGGUCACAUUGAAAUAUAUAGACGAUGAAUCUGAGAUUUGAGCUUUUUAUGCGCUGACUUGCUAAUGCGGCUAAUCGUCAUUUAUAUGCAGACCAAGCCCACUGAGGCCAGCUCUUCUUCUGCAGCUGUUAACUCUUGACUAAACUGCUAUUUGGACCCACUUGACGAAUCUAUACCUUCUAAAUGCCAUCGUUCAACCGCCAUACUCCAAAAAAAGACACUGCUUCAGACAUUUUGCAUAGGGUCUGUUUACAUUGCAGCUCACUUUGGCUAAGAAUCACCAAAGUACUUUUCAAGGACAGUCAAAUCACUUGGUGGUCAUACUUGCGAUGCAACCAGGCAGCUAUUUCAGUCAUGCAAAGCCAACUCCUAUCUACUUGAAUGGGGAAAUAGCGAUAUCUUAAAAACUGCUUGGCAAUAUUUCAAAAUUCUAACAUGAAUUGCCUCAUGAAUGUUGUUUCAUGCGUUAAAAUAGUGUUACAUUAAAAUGUGCUAAGUGUUUUUUUUUUUUUUUAUUCUGAUGAACACAAAGGUAGAUAUUUUGAAAAAUGUUUAUAACCAGGCUGU